AUCGCAACCAACCAAAAAUGGCGGCAUUGUUUGCGUUGUUUGUGCAAUAUUUUGCAUUCGCGCAAAAAUCCGAAUCGAUUUCGAAUUAAACGAGCGAACUAUCAAACGAAACGGGGCGAUUUCGACGUCGACUGAGUCGAUCUCGUUAAAAUGCGUCGAGUUUAUCUUAUAAAUCGGGCGAAAUAAGUGCAUUAGUGCGUUAGUUUGUGCAGGUGUCGCGAGAGAGGUUAUUUUUUUUUCUUUCACUCUUUCUACGCCCCCAAGGAAGUGAAAGUGUAAGAAAUCAAUCGAUCCCCUAUAAUGCCGAAACGAUGGAAACGAAACUUUGUCGAAUUUGCGGGAAAUUAACUGAUAACCACUCGGAUAUUUUCAAAACUGAAGGUUUAAAGGUUAAAUUAGAAACAUGUUUACCCAUAGUGAUAUCAAAAUACAGCCUCCUACCAGACACGAUAUGCAAGACAUGCGUGGAAAACGUAGAAUCAUUCUACGACUUCAUAAAAAAUUGCUUACAAAGUAUAAUAAUAUUAGAAACUCAAUUCGACAUUCACGAUUCUUGCUUAAAAAGCAAGCGGAAAUCCGAAAAAGGUAUCUCCGUUGGUUUAACAAACUCAAUCGACGUUUCGAUUCAAACGGAACCUGAAUCUCUCGCCUCGGAACAAUUUUCCCAAAUCUCUCAAACAAUCCAAGCGGCCGAAAGAACCUUGGACGAUAACAAAAUCCAAAACGAAUCUAAAAAUUUGGUGAAUUACGAGAUUUCCGACGAUUCUAACCCGGCGUAUUCGUCUCCGAGUCAUAACAACCUCGAUUUCCUCCACAGCUUUUUGAUCAACAAACAAUACUUUGACAAUCACGAGAACAAAUUGGUUAACGAGAUAACCGAGAAAUUAAACGGCAAGAGGAAAUGCGACGAAAUCCAACCGUAUCGGGCUAAAAUUUUUAAAUACGACGUUAAUAAUCGUAGGAAAAGUCGCGUUCCGAAAAGAAUCGAAGUCCAAAGUUUCGAAGAAAGUUAUUCGAGCGGGUGGAACGAGCGAAAUGGUGAACAUGAAAUCACCGAUAAGGACGCUUUUUUGGUGAAGUUACCCCAAAUUUGUUUGUUAUGCGAACAACAAUUUGAAAAUGCUUCGCUUUUGGCAACUCACGUUUUUGAUACUCAUGGAAUUGAUAUGGCGCAAGUUAUUGGGGGCGAAACCACGGUUGAAAGGAAGAAGAAAUUGCCGGAUUUAGUGAAAAUAGCCGAUUUGAAAAGUAAUAAAAGUGAUUUAAAAGAUUUUGAAUACGAAGAAUCUCAACAAUCGGAGAAUCAUUUAUGCUCGAUUUGCUCAUUAGCGUUUCCAAAUCAACAAGAUCUUUACGCCCACAUCCAAUCGUUGCACGCAAAAGAUUCCUCCUCGUUAAUUUGUGGGUUAUGUUCUAACAUUUUUAACUCCCACGCAAAUUUAGCGUCUCAUAUCGAAAUUUGCCGCACGAAACAUUCGAUAGAAACCCGCUACAUCUGCACGGUGUGUUCUUUUAAUGAUGAUAACAUCAAAACGAUCGAGAAUCACAUCGCCGGGCACGAAUCCCUAUUGGAAUAUUGCAAAAAGAACCGCAAAAUCUUCGAUCCCAACGAUUACGUCGAAAUUAAUAAUUAUUUUAAUAACUCGAUUAAAACGUAUGUAUGUGGGGAAUGCAACGAAGAUGGAAAGAUGGGAAAUUUCGAUAGUUUUAAGGAAUUUAGCGCGCAUAGGAGAUGUCAACAUCAAAUAUUUCACUGCGAUUUAUGUAAUAAAUUUUAUGGGAGGAAUUCGCAUCUUUGGAAACACGUUAAUAGGCUCCAUAAAGGGCAUCCUAGCGUAACUUGUUUGCUUUGUAACAAAACGAGCGCUUCGAAAUAUCAUUUAUCGCAACAUUUCAAUAAAAUUCAUUCUGCGAAGAAUUACGGGAAAAAUUUUAACAAAAUCGAGGUGAAUUCGAGCGACUCAAACGAUUUUUUAAAGAAGAAAUUCGAAGGAUUCGAUUUCCAAUCGGUUAAACAAAGCUUUUUGAAGCAAGAAUUAUUGGAGCAACAACAAUUGUUAGUGAUGAGCGAUGAUGAUGAAGAAAAUGAGAUAAUCGACGAUGAUUUACCGAAAGAAGUCGAUAUUUCUAGUAAUUUGUAUACAAAUAUAAUCACGAAUUACACCCCUCCAAAAAAUGAGGGCGAAUAUAAAUGCUCGAAAUGUUUUCGCGGAUUUUUGCGAAAAAAUGUAUUAAAAAAACAUAAAAAAAAUUGCCGCCCUAAGAACCAAAAGGAUUUAUUAACUCGCUGUAAAACGUGUACUAGGAUUUUCAAAGAUCGACAAAGCCUCGCGAAACAUUUAAUUAAUUACCACACGGAUUACGAUUGCGAAAUUUGCCAACAAAAAUUUCAAAGCAAAUGCGAGAUCGUCUCGCACAUCCGAUUUUCACACCCUAAGUGUAAACUUUAUUGUUAUUGCGGAAGCAUUUUAAGAAACUCAUCGGAAUUAAACACCCACAAAAAAGAUCACCGAAACUCCUUUAUUUGCCACUUUUGCGGGGACAACCUCCCAACUAAAAUUAAGCUAAAAAUGCACAUCUUAAGUUUACACCGAAAAAUUUUAAGCUUAAGUUGCGGGAUUUGCCUCAAAUUAUUCGAAACUCAACACAUUUUACGCGACCACGUAAGAUUAGCCCAUAAAGAACGCUUAAAACCUUUAACAUCAUGCACAGUUUGCGGGAAAAAUUACGGAUCGAAAUGGAAAACUUUCGAUCAUUUAAAUAAAUCACACGGAAGGAUUUUUAGACCUUGUCGAAUUUGCUUAGAAGUUUUUAACAACGAAUCGGAACUCCAAAAUCAUUACGAUUUCAUUCACAGCGAGUCAAAAAAUAAAUCAACCGGGAAAAACGAAAACGAUAACGAAAAUAAUGAAGAAAUCGAUUUAAUUUCUGAUAAAAAAAUCAUCGAAAUCGAUCAAAACGAUGCGAAUAAAAAGGAAAUUGAAGAUGAUGAUGAAGAAGACGUAAAAAUGUCGCUGUUGGAGAAACGAUUAACAUCGGGGAAAAAAACCGUUUCGAAUAAAAAUAAAAACGAUAAGAAGGAUGAGGAAAUUGCGAAAAGUUAUGGGGUCGAAGAGGGGUUUCAAAAUACCUCAAAAAGAACGGUUUACGUUAAUAGCGAUGUCCCGUCGAGGUGCGAAAUUUGUUUGAAAACUUGGCCCGCCAAAAAACAUCUUUGGCAACAUUAUAUUCGGUGUCACAAAUCAGUAGCAGCAACAGUUUGCGGAAUUUGUUUAAAAGCAAACGAUUCCUACACAACGCUACAACACCACCUCCGCGAAAACCACCCAACAUUACUUCACGGUCAAGGUUUCGGCUCAAACUUUAUUUGCCGAAUUUGCGGCCGAUACCACAACGCCAGUUCAAAAUUAAAACUACACAUGGCAAUUCACGAAAAUUUCGAUUGGAAAAUACUCGAACAAUUCGAAAAUAAAGACGAAAACGACGAAGAAGAAGAAGAAAACAAAAUCGAAAAAGAAUUAUCCGAAGAAGAAGAGGAGGAAGAAGAAAAAUCCGAAAUUAAUUACGAAAAUUUAAUCGAAGAAGUCGAAUGUAGCUCGGAAUCGGAAGACGAAGAUUCCGAUUCAUCAAGCGAUGACUCCGACGAUGAAGACGACGAAAUAGACGAUAAUGACGAAAUUGACGAAGAAAUCUCCGAAGAGAAUUCGUUAGAAUCUCAAAUGCUACAAAAUAUGUUGCAGGAAAAAGGAAUGUUGGAGGUUAACGUUUAUAAUAAAGAAAAAAACGAUAAAGAUGUUAAAAUCGAGGUUUCAUCCGAAAGCGAUAGUUCAAAUUCGAGUUAUAAAGUUGAAAAUGUAAUAAAAUCGGAUGUCUCAUCGUUGAACGGUGAAGAUUAUCAAGAUAUUAAGAUGAACUAUCGAUUGUUAUCGGACGAUGAUGAAAUCGAUGAUUCUCGAACUGAAAUUAAAACGGAACAAGAAUUAAACUCGGCGAUUCAAUCGAUUUGUUACGACGAUGACGACGAAGAUGACGAGGAGGAACACGAAGUCGUUAUCGAUCAUGAUUAUUCAGAACUUCCGAUGCAUUCACUUAAUAAUCAUGAAAUUCAAACUGCCGUUGAUAGUAUUCUAUAAAUUUGAACAAAUUUUUUUUGUUAUAACUGUGAUUAUUAUUUUUUUUUAAUUACCGAAGCUUAUAUCCAUGUAUAAUCGACUGAUUUACUCUUCUUAUUGAUUUAAACCGUAAAAAUAAGACUGUUUAUUUUCAGAGACCACUAAAAUAAUUUAAUUAUUAUAAAUAGUAAUUAGGAUUAAGUGAAAAAACGGUCGCUCUCUCUCUGUAUUUAUUCUUUCUAUUUUUGCUUAAAAUUUUAUUAAUUAAAUCCCCCUAUCUAUAAUUAUUAAUUACUUAUUACCGAAUAUUAAUUAAUCGUAACUUUUAAUAGAAAUCAUUCCCCAAAUCCAUGUUAAAAGACGCAAAAUGAUUUAAAAUAAUCGUAAUGUAUAUAUACAUAGAUGAUACUCAAUAAAUAAAAUUAUUUUCUAAAAAAAUA